ACGCGGUCCCUGCAGAUAGAGUAGGGCUACGUCCUUCGAGUCGUGCUCACCGACGAGUGUGCGCCGAGUAAGUCAAUCAAGCGCUCGUCGUUCAGGCUCCCUCACUUGGGCUGGCUAGACAAUGCACAUACCUCAAAGGGAAAAAGAGUGGGGCGGUCACAUACAAAAGACCUACCUGACCGAAAGGGUCAGGCGGGUCAGGUGAGUAAGAAACGUAUCUGCGGAUGUGCCUCUCGCAUGUCUCUGCAAAGAACGGCCAAUGCCCUUUCUGUCGAGCGAGGAACGAUCGCAUUGGUGAGGGGUCUCACGAAGAAAGUAGAGACUUUCAGUGACACACGCCACCGAUCUUUCCGGACCAUUAGAAAACAGAGAUCGUUGUUGUAUAUAUAGAGAAUAUGUACCCAUGAACCCUGGUCCCUUCGGUCCUACGAGUUUCAUGGUACAUAUUCUCUAUGGGGUGCAGAGUUUGAGUUGGCUGGGAUGGACGGGCGGCCUCAAUUGUUGUGAGCACGCAUUGAUGGAGCAAGGACUUGAGCAAACAAUGAAGCAAGCACGUAUUGAUCGAGCAAGCGAUGAAGCACGCACCUUUGUCCUUGCGCUAUGCAAAGCAUGCACCGUCCAAUCAAUCGCUCAGAAUACUGAUAGAGAAUGCUUUGGACGUGAGCAACAGCCACCCAACACUCACACCCACAGUCAGUCAUGCGACGAUCUAACACGUCUAUUGGGGGCACGUCACUGACUGGUAAGCGAGAGUAGACAGAGGUAGAUACCAGACAGGCACACACAGCUACAGACAGCACUGACAGAGUGACGAGCCGACAGGUUGAGAGCACGCACGCAACAAACGCUAUGCCUCUCUCAUCUCACACACCGACACCGAAGGCAACCACAACAGUCCAUCCGUUACUAGAGAUGGCUACAACUCAAAAAACACACCUUCAGACAAACAGCUCACCAAAAAAUGACACGCUGACUCUCGUACGACUAUCGUACGCCAGAGUUUCACUGUAUAUAAUCUGCACGCACGCAUCGUCCGUCCUGCUAAGUACGUGAGCACGCAUCGUCCAAUCAGUCAGUGAGCCUGUCCGUCUGUGAAUGCAAACACGCACGCACCGAACGCCAAGCAAAGAAGUCCUUGCUCCCAUACGAAGCACUCUCCCCUUCCUCCCUCCCUUCCUCCCCUAAGCACGUGAGCACUUGUUGGUCCGCACACGCAUAGCACACCCGCACUGCAUGCCCUCUCUCAUAUACUCCUCGCCCUUUUACGCACAACCGCACACAGACACACCUCUAGCAGACAUCAUCAAGAAAAAACGCACCCCACGUACGCACGCACACCCACACGCGCACUGCAUGCCCGUCUUCCAUCCAUUAAGCAAGCACACACCAUCACACACAAGUCGUCAUUGCCCGACAAAAGCACACGCUUUUGUCCACAUUGAAAGGACUCAACGUACGUAUGCACACACACCCAUUCACCCAAACACACGCACUGCAUGCCCUCUCUCAUGUACUCCUCGCCCUUUUACGCACAACCGCACACAGACACGCCUCUAGUAGACAUCAUGAAGAAGAAACGCACCCCACGUACGCACGCACACUCACACAUGCACUGCAUGCCCGUCUUCCAUACAUUAAGCAAGCACACACCAUCACACACAAGUCGUCAUUGCCCGACAAAAGCACACGCCUUUGUCCACAUUGAAAGGACUCAACGUACGCACGCAGGCACACCCACUCACCCAAACACACGCACUGCAUGCCCUCAACUUCAAACGUGCAUGCGCAGGUGUGCGUACAUAGAUAUUCAUCAUAUACCCACACUCCAAGUCCACGCGUGUAUGCGGAGGUGUACGCACAGAAACAAUCGUCAUAUACCCACAUUCCAAGUCGACGCGUGGCCGUUCAUGACGAUGAUGAACGUAUGCGAUUCGUUGGACACGUUGCGUGCGGGUUCGACGACAGUGCACCACGCUAAUGCACGCUCGACACCGUCCAUUGCUGGUGGUGGCCGCCGCUGCGCGACCACUGUUGGGCGUUGGCGCCAUCCAGGCCGACUUCGGGCAGGUCAAUGUCGAUCACUUUGCCACUGGCACGGUUCACGAUGUAGAAGUGGCCGUCGUCGGUCAUGUCGAUCCACCAGUGCUGGUUGGUGCCACCGCAGCCCCUCUGCUGCACAUUGGCGCCGUCACGGUUGAUGUCGGGUGCAUGCACGUCGAGCAACUUGCCGCUGUGCGCGUUCACGAUGUGGAAGUAGCCGCCGCCGAUCGACUCGAGGCGCCAGUGCUGGUCGGUGCCACCGCGGCCCCACUGCUGCACGUUGGCGCCGUCGCAAUCGAUGUCAUGCGAGUGCACGUCGAGCAUCUUGCCGCUGCGACGGUUGACGACGAAGAACGUGCCGGCGUCGCGGCGGUACACCGCGGCGUGCUCCUGCAUGCGCGCGACCUGGCCCGGCGUAAAGUUGUCCAUCCAGGCGUCGUCGGUGUAGUUCAUGUAGUUCUUGACUGGUGCGCGCUCGCCCGCCAUGCAAGCGCCGUUGGCCGCCGUAGGAUCAGGCUUGCCCCAGUUGGGAAAACGGUGCGCCGGCGUGUCGUCGAUCUCGUCACCUUCGCCAGAGCAGCCGUUCUGGAACGUGUGCAGCAGGCCGAACCAGUGUCCGACCUCGUGCACCCCCGUGUCGCCCUCGUUGAACGGAUGGUUCGUGCCGCCAGGGAGCGUGUCGACGUGCAGCACGACGCCGUCCAUGGUCGGCGCGCCGGCGAAGUCCCACGGGAACGUCGCCCAGCCCAGCGUGCCAGUGGGCGGGUUGACCGUGUAGAUGUUCAGGAAGCCACUGCGGUACAGCUCGCGCUUGGCGGCCGCCUCCUCCGCGCUCUUGUGCUCCAUGCGGAACCAAUCGUCGUUGUCGUGGUUUACGACAUUGCUCGGGUGGUAGAUGAAGUCGAAGUUGGCGGCGCGGAACGCGUCGUUGAGCACGGCCACCUGCUGCAUGCGCUGUUGCUCGCUGACGUCGCCGGCCGCGCCCGACCGCAGGUGCACGAAGCGCACGAAGAUGGGCGUGUGCUUCGGGCUCGCGCGUGCCGUGUCGCCCGCCGCAGUGCGAGCGAGCGCUUGUCGACGUGUGCGCGCCGCCCGUUGCGUCGCGAUGCUUGGAUUGUCGGUGGCGCACUUUACGCCCUGCACACCGCGGCCAUCAUCGUCUGAUUCAUCGCCCGUGACCGGCGUGGCGCCGGCGGCCCCGGCCGUGGUCGUGGUCGUGGUCGCGGUCCUGUGCAUCGAGAGGCUUGCAGCUGUUAUUGCCGUUUUGCUGUGGCGGUUGUCACGAAGCAAGUCGAACCACAGCUUUCC